AUGUCAAACUACACAGAAAAUUUGAAGCUUGUCAAUGAAAACAUCUCAAAGUUGACAAUGAAGUUUGAUGAGAUUCUUUCUAACCUUCAAGAGGAUUUGAAGAUGCGGGAUGCAGCUCGUAAGGAAGAUAACACUGCUAGAGAUGCUCAAACUACUAGUGCUGAGGAUGAUGGUUCUGCCCAUGAAGGCAGACAACAAACUCCUCGUACAACAGCCAUAUUGGAUACUCCUCCUCGUAUUCAGCUUAAGUUUCCCACCUUCGAUGGCACUGAUCCUGAUGGAUGGAUUUUUCAAGCAGAGCAAUAUUUCACCUGGCAUGUUAUUGCUACUAAUCACAAAGUUAAUUUAGCUGCUGCACAUCUCAAAGGGGAAGCUAAUGCAUGGUUCAGAUGGAAGCGAACACAGAUACAAAUUCUGUCAUGGGUCACGUUUUGUACCCAGAUUCGUGAAAGGUUUCAACCUAAUUUUGUUGAUCCUAAGAUAGCUAUUUCUACAAUUAAACAGAAGGGUUCUGUUAAGGAUUUUCUCCCAGAAUUUGAAAGCCUUUUGAAUCAGGUGGAUUUUCCAGAGAGCCAUCUGAUAAAUCUCUUCACAAUGGCAUUAAAACCAGAAGUUGGCAAUAUGGUUAAGUUACUGGAACCCACAUCUUUAUCUUCUGCUUUUAAAAAAGCACUAAAUCAGGAUGAAGUUCUUUCAACAUCAAAACCACCGUGGAGAUUUAAUCAAUCACGACCAAUUCAGGCUUCUACUACUUCUCAGUUCAAGAAACCGCUUUUACCUAUGGGUAAAAAACUUCUUACAAUAGAAGAACAACGCGAACGUCAAGCCAAAGGCUUAUGUUACAACUGCGAUGAACAGUACAAGAGAGGGCAUGUCUAUGUUCAGCCUAGAUUGUUAGUAUUAGAAGUGGAUCCAUCUACAGUUGACGAAAAGGAGGACAAACCAAAUGAGGAAGUUGCUGAGGAAGAAUUUAAGACUACUGAAUCUUUUCAGGAUCCAGUUCAACCUGCAAUUUCUUUACACUCUUUAAUGGGCUCUUCGUUUCCUAAGACAAUGCGCCUAGAUGGUUAUACCAAAUCUCAACCUCUUCGUAUUUUAAUCGACUCUGGUUCUACGCAUAAUUUUUUGCUUCCACGAUGGGCUAACCAUUGUGGCUAUCCAGUAAGUUCAGCCGAUAAAGCUCUACAAGUCACAGUUGGUAAUGGCACUCAAUUACCAACUAAGGGGUAUUGUCCGAAGGUGCAACUAACACUUCAAAACCAUUCAUUCACCAUAGAUUUCCAUCUCUUAGAAAUUGGUGGUUAUGAUGCUGUUUUGGGAGUACAAUGGCUACGCACAUUGGGUCCAAUUAUAUGGGAUUUCUCCAAACUAACAAUGCAGUUCACUAUCAAUGACUCAGCCGUUUUAUUGCAGGGCAAUAACUAUUCAUCGGUAAUGAUGAUGGACUCUGUACCCAUGCAGAAUUUACUGUGUCGAGAAAGUUAUGCAAUUAUUCUUCAAUUAUUUGCAAUUACUAAAGAUUCAGUUCCACCUGAAGCAAUAACUUCACCAGCGUUGAAAGCACUUCUUCAACAGUAUGCGGAUAUCUUUCGCACACCAACUUCGUUGCCUCCAGAGAGAUUACAAGACCAUCGUAUUCCUUUGAUUGGAGGUGCUACUCCAGUCAAUAUUAGACCGUAUCGUUAUCCAUAUUUCCAGAAAACUGAGAUAGAAAAGAUCGUGUCAGAAUUACAACAAGCUGGAUUUAUCAAACCAAGCUCCAGUCCUUACUCUUCUCCCAUCUUAAUGGUGCGGAAAAAGGAUGAUUCAUGGCCUAUGUGUGUUGAUUAUCACGCAUUGAAUAAGAUUACUGUCAAAGAUCGAUUUCCGAUUCCAAUGGUAGACUAA